AAGAAGAAGAAGAAGAAGAAGGUCGCAGAACAACCCGGAAAACGACGCACGGUGGCUGCAGCGCAAAAGAAAGGCCGUGGUUUCUUUUCGUGUGGAAUCAGUGCGACUUGGCGGACAUGAAUAGUGUCGGGGAGAGCUGCACCGACCUGAAGCAGGAGUACGACCAGUGCUUUAACCGCUGGUUUGCGGAGAAGUUUCUGAAGGGGGACCGAAGCGGAGACCCGUGCACGGAGAGCUUCCGGAAGUACCAACACUGCGUACACAAGGCCAUCAAGGAGAAGGAGAUCCCCAUCGACGGAGUGGACUUUAUGGGCCCGAACAGGGACAAGCCCGACAACUGAUGGAAACACGUCAUUCUGGACUCUCUCACUUCGACCCUGGAUUGUCUCUACGAGGCCUUCGCGCGUGCGUUAUGACGUUUGGAGGACUUGGAUCCAGACUGAAGUGUGUGUGUGUGUGUGCGCGCGCGCGCCUGCCAUAGGAUUUUGGAUUUUCUCUCAGAUUGUGAUGGAGACAUUUUCUUCAACAGUUUUUGUUCCUGCUGGAGUCCAGCAAGCAGACUUUAAAGUCAUGUCUGUUUUCACAGUUUCACUUCAUAGUUUGUAAUUCUCUGUUUUGAAUUGUUUUUCCUCGUGUGGACUUUUUGUAAAAGACUGGCUAUUUUUCCGGGUGCUGGAACAAUAAUGUGGUUUAUGGCUGCUGGCAGGUGAUCACGUUUACAGUGGUCGUGUUUUUUUUUU